AUGUCUGAAUCAUCCGAGAACACCAAAUCUUUUGGUGUAACCAACAUUAAAGUCUACAUUCCACUGAUUCUGGAUCUUCACAAGCUGAAUUAUGAUGCUUGGAAAGAACUCUUCCAGACCCACUCCAACAGUUUUGGAGUUAAAGGUCAUCUCACAGGCACUUCGAAACCCGUAGAUGCCAACGAUGUUGCUGGUCCAAUCUUGACGAUCUCGUCAAGAGACAACAAACAAACUAGAGCAAUUGAGCUUGAUCAAGAACUUCGAACCCUAACUCUAGGCGAUCUCUCCAUCUCUAAUUAUUGUGAAAGAAUGAAGGUGAUAUCAGAUUUACUCACAAACAUAGGAUCACCGGUGUCUGAACAAACAUUGGUUACAUAUCUCAUUAAUGGAUUGUCACCAAAGUUUGACAACAUUGCCACCGUCUUGCGCCAUCAAGACCUGCUUCCAUCUUUUCUAAAAUGCAGUUCGAUUCUUACCUUGGAGGAGUGA